AUGGCCGCCGUGAUGACAGUCCCGCCUCUAGCCCCGCGACCUUCGCCACGCCCAAUUACCGUCUGGUCCUCUCCCAAACCUCUCCCAGACGGCAAAGAGAAUCGACCUGCCUUGAAACAGCUCCAACAAAGCACUCCACCCAAUCGAUCACGAAGAGAAAGACCCUGUGACGGCUGCCGGAAACGAAAGUCCAAGUGCGUCCUGCAGGAGUCCCGCCGAUGUGUACUGUGUGAAUUCCACAAGCAAGACUGCACGUUCAUCCAAGACGCCCAACCGAGGAAACGCAAAGCGGAGGAUCCAUUGAAGUCCGACGGUCCGACCAAGAAAGCCUCCCCACCCGUGCUUCCACGUCCAACAUCUGCUCCGGUGGUGACCACAAUCCCGAAGAAGGAACCGGACGCCACAUUGCCGACCCCGGCUCAGCCCUCGAUGAGAAAGCCCUUCGCCGUGGACGAGACAUUGAGCUUGCAGAGGCAUCGGCACUGCAAGUAUCUUGGCCAGACGACCGCUCUCGACGCUUGCUUGAUUGGGCUGGGAUCAUUCAACGACAAGAACGAGACCGAGUCGCAGGUUGGGACGCUCCGUCAAGUCACUGGGACUGAGUACUUCAGCACACAUGCCGAUGCCGACGUCAACAUCCCCGACGAUGAAACGAGGGCACUCGGAGAGAUCGACCAGAUCAUUGGACCUCAUGGUCCCGCCUUGAUCGAUAUCUACUUUCGCAAUGUUCAUCCCAGCUACCCCAUUAUCCAAAAGCAAGCCUUCCUCGACCGACAUCGACAUGGCGACCGCCAGUUCAAUCCUCCUUUGCUGGCCGCCAUGUACCUCCUCGCGCUGACAUGGUGGGACUACGAUCCGUCCGUCUCUGCCCACCCGAAGCCAGAUGUUCCCAAACUUGAAUACAUCGCCAUCAGCUCCCUCACCAUUGCCAUGCAACGGCCCAAGAUCUCCGCCGUACAGGCUGGUCUCCUCCUUCUUCAACGAGCCAAGUCUUCUACCUGGACACUCACGGUCCAACUCGUCGCUCUGGGACAAGACAUUGGCCUCCACCUCGACUGCUCCGACUGGUCUAUACCACUAUGGGAACGACUUCUCCGCAAACGUCUCGCUUGGGCCCUCUACAUGCAAGACAAAUGGUCUGCAGUGAUGCACGGUCGUCCCUCACACAUCAACUCCUCCGACUGGAAUGUGCCUCAACCAACAGAGGCCGACUUCUCCGAAAUCAUCGGCCCGUCUUCCGAGCACGAACAAGAAGAAGACUCCACCACAUCCAAAGGCCGACAGGUCUUUACGCAAAUGAUGGCUCUCACAUCCAUCAUGUCCGAGGUCUGCGAAACCUUCUACUCCGAGACCUCGAAAGCCGCCUUCCUCCGCGCUGGACCAUACGCAACCCAACUCGUGCUCAACAAAGCCAAACCCGUACAAAUCAAACUGAAAGAAUGGUUCGCCAACCUUCCCGCCGACUGCAAAAUGGACUCUUCCACCACCCCAUCCCUCCAAACCAACCCUGGCGUGCUCCAAACCCAAGGCUACCUCCACCUCGCCUACUUCGCCACAGAAAUCUGCAUCCACCGCCGCAUCAUCUCUUCCCUCGACUCCGCCACCGCGGACCCUUACAUGCUCUACAUCAUCCGCUCCGCCGCUAAAACCCGGCUCAUCUCCGCUCUCGACUUUGUCAACCGGCUCACGCCCUCCCAUCUACACGCUUUCUGGUUCUUCGCAUCCGCUUCCAACUUCGCGCUCAUCGGCACGUUUGGCGCGCUGCUAAUGGCGACCAGCGCGGACGAAGAAGAGAAAACCUUUUAUGAAUGUCGACUCAAUGAGUUUCGAUGGACUCUGACGGUGAGUAAGAGGAAAGCGGGCUGGAUUGGACAAGCGCUCGAGACGUUGAAUGCUACGGGCGGGAUGUUGAGGGGACUGCCGGCUAAGCCUGCUGCUGGGAAGGGAAGUGGGGUGCCGCCGCCGCCACCGCCGAUGAUGCAGAGGGCCGUCACGCUGGGAGAGAAGAUGAUGGGCGGUGGUGAUGGGGCGGAGGAGAUGGAUGUUGAUGAGGAGGAGGAGGAGGAGGAGGAGGAGUGGGAUGAGGAGGAGGAUGGGAGGCAGGGGUGA